AUGACGUCAUUUUCCAAUUAUCACCGCCAUUUUUCACCUUACAUGGCGCAGGACGGACUGUACGCUGGCAGAGUUAUGGAGAAUCAAGAAGCGAUUCUAGAUGCCCUGACUGACUUCGAACGAAAGGCCAACAAGGAAAUCCCUCCGAUACUGGACCAGUACCUUCUCCAAGUGGCCAGAACAGGAGAAACCUUGUUUCCAUGGACACGCUUAAAGCCACUGUUUGUAAAGAAACUGGAUUCUGUAAUGCAACAGUUUAAUGAGGAAUAUCCUGCUGACCAUUUACCCCUGUCUCCAAAUGUAGAGAAUGUCAAGUUUGAAGAAAUGAGAAGCAGGAUUAUUAAUGCUGUCAGCAGAUUCCAUGGUGCACCUUUCACAAUUCAAAGACUGUGUGAACUUAUCACUGAUCCUACCAGACACUACAAAAGAAGUGACAAAUUUUUAAGAGGAAUUGAGAAGAACAUCAUGGUAGUGAGCACAGUAGAUCCAUUUGGAAGGAAAGUAGUGUGUGAAUCGCGGAACAUAGUGAACGGUAUUGAUGUAAAUGGUCACACAGCAUCUAUACGUACCCCACCCCAUACUCCCCCACCCCCACCAGUACCUUCUCCUCCCCUGUGGCCAGCAACUGCCAUGGAUUCUGCCACCAUUUGGUCUUCUUCCAAAUCUGAUAAUGACAAGCCCGACAGUCCAGGAUACGAUGAAAACUGUGAUGAUCAAGGUGUUUCUCUGGGUGGCCGGACAACAUCUUCUCCACCCCUAUCUGGACCUGUACAAUCUACAGACUCCACCAACAGCAAUGGUACCUCAGCUAAUGAAGACAGAUGUGAUAAAGAGGAUUCAUCGUCCUCGUUUGACUCCAAUGCAGAUGACCGUGACACUGUCCAGUCUUCUGCCAGCAGCAGCAGCAGUGAAGAGUCAACUCUGAGUAGUGGUGAUGACAGCUCCCAGCAGUCACCCACUAGUCAGAACGGCAGUGAGGAGAGUAUCGAACAGUCCUCAGCCGAUAGCUGCACUACUCAGACAGAAUCUGAGCAGAAGCAACAGACAGACACGGCAGAAAUGAUGCAGUCUGAUGACGAUGAGAAGGGAGAACCAAAAACCAAAAUGAACGAAAGAUCAACGCCACCAGUUUCAUCCAAAGAAGGCGGAUCAGACUCAAACAGUAGUACAGAAAUGGUUGAAGAAGACAUGCCAAGUUUUGCAGAAAAUUCUGCAGAGUCUUCAGAUGCCGAUUCCAAAUGUGACCUUGCUGAUACGACCAGCAGCAGCAAACCUGAAUCAGUCUUGGCUAGUACAAAUUCCAGUACUGUUGUCAGCACCUCUGAGCACUCUCAAGAGAUGUCGGAAGAAUCCAGCACCUCAUCUACGUCAUCCUCCACAUCUUCUGAAUCCGUAGACUCUCCAGCUUCAACCGAGACUCCCAUGGUAACCUGUACUGCUUCUACCACCUCCAACACUACUAUCACCGCCACAGCCAUCACCAAGACCACUUCCAGUAUGGAAGCAGCAGCAAAGUUGACAGCAGAUGCUGGGCAAUUUCCAGCUGAUGUCCCUUGCACAGACAAUUCAGUCUCCUCUACUGAUGAAAUGCCGGCAACAUCUGCAGAGUCCUCAUCGUCAUCAUCAUCAAAAGAAGCAUCUCAAGCCAAGGAUUCUAAAUUAACGAAUUCCUCAGAGGAGGAAGAGGAUGGCAGCAGUAAUGAAGCCUCCUCAGUGAUGGAGACUGACUGCUCUGAAAUGCAACCAGCCCUGUCUCCCAACUACCAGAAUCAAACACUCCAGAUGAAGAACCAAUGGAGCUAUAGUGGAUCUUUUUUCUUCUUUUUCUCUCUCUUUCUCUCUCUCUCUCUCUCUCUCUCUCUUUCUCUCUUUCCUUUUACUUUUUUUUCCUACUUCUUUCCAUACUCUUUUUUCUUUUUUUCUUUUUUCCCUUUUUUUUUCUUUUUUUUUUUGUUUGUUUUCUUUUAA